AAAUUACUAAAUUUAUAACUAAGUUCAACCUUUUCUGUUCCCCGUAGCUAUUGCUCUUUCAUCAACUUCGCCGGUUGCCAUGCGAAGUCUAAGUGAAUCGUAAAGAUCGGACCUGAGAGUCAAUUUGUUCUUAUUGAUGGCAUUUCUCAUGGGAGAUUGGCCCUCGUACGAUCCUCAAAAUUUCAGCCAGAUCCGUCCUUCCGAUCCAUCAGCGCAGCCGUCGAAACUCACACCAGCCACAUAUCAUCCUACUCAUAAUAGGACUGUUCCUCCACCAAACCAAGUUAUAACAACUGAAGCUAGAAACAUUCUCCUGAGGCAAAUCUAUCAGAAAGCAGAAGACAAGCUGAGACCAAAGAGAGCUGCAACAGAUCUUCUAACACCGGAGCAUGGUUGCAAACAACCUAGAGGUGACUUUUCAAAUGAUCCUUAGCUAACUUCUUUUUAUCAGAAAACACUGCAAGAAGCUGAUGCCUGCCUUUCUACUAUAUGUGAAACCUACACGAAAUGUUUAGUAGUAUUGUGUUUGUUUUCUAAUUGAAUGUCAUCAUAUGCUCUGCUUUGGAUGACAUGAAUGUCUAUAUUUGUCGGCCUUUAAUAUGCAGAGAGCAUCUCUAGUAAUAUUGUAUCUUAGAUUUGUUGGUUUGUUAUGUCCAAUAUGGCAUAUGAACUCUAA